AUAGCCAAGGAGAGUUAAAGCUGUUGCUGUUUGAACAAAGUCAUAUAAUAAGGAAACUACUGAAUAUCAAGAGAGAAGCAAGAAUACAACUCAGCCUCAAAGUCCGUAAGACUCAGAGCUGGACAGCAGUUACCCAUAAGGGAACCAUCAUAGAUUUGCGUCUCCAAGGUUUACCAUGCCAGGGACAGUGGCUGCUGCUGAACAUAGGCCUAGAAUCAUCAACUGAUUCGCCAGUGCCAUGUCAUGGCCACCUCUGGGAGAGACUCUGCCCCUAUAUGGCCUUCUCCAUGGAGAAACCAAGUGGCCUUGAGAGAGGGUAAGAUAGAUUUUCAGAUUUGGGCACAGCAGAAGAGGGACUUGAGGCCGGGGAUAGUGCCAAGAUCAUGUGUCAAGUUGGAAACUAUAGUGCUGUUGGUGAUUUUUCUGCCAAGCUUCAACUGUGCCCUGGGAUCAGCACGUUACUCUUCCUAUGAAAUAGUCACCCCUGGGGCUCUGACAGUUGAGGGAAGGGAAGACCCAGUGGGAAAGGUAUCUUAUGUGAUAUCUGUGCAGGGCCAGAAACUGCUGAUCCACCUGAAGGUGAAGAGAGACCAUUUUGUCCAUAACUUUCCAGUCUUCAGCUACCACAAUGGCAUCCUGGGACAAGAAAGGCCUUUCAUCUCACGUGACUGUCACUAUGAAGGCUACAUAGAAGGAGUCCCGGGGUCUUUUGUUUCUGUCAACACCUGUUCAGGCCUCAGGGGCAUCCUGAUUAAGGAGGGACAGUCCUAUGGCAUUGAGCCCAUGGACUCUUCAAAACGGUUUGCACACGUGCUGUACACCAUGGCACAUCAAGCUCGAGUCUCCUGCAGCGUCACUUCCAAAGAAAGCCCAGUGGGGUCCACCAGCAGGCCACCAGGGAGCAGGAAGCCUGGUGGUCUACAGGCACUGUCCUACUUGUGGUCACACGCCAAGUACGUGGAGAUGUUUGUUGUGGUCAACAACCAGCGGUUCCAAAUGUGGGGCAGUAACGUCAGUGAGACAGUCCAGAGAGUGAUGGACAUCAUUGCCCUGGCCAACAGCUUCACUAGGGGAAUAAACACAGAGGUGGUGCUGGCUGGGAUGGAGAUUUGGACCGAGGGCGACCCCAUAGAGGUCCCAGCGGACCUGCAAGUGGCACUCAGGAAUUUCAACAGCUGGAGACAGGAGAAGCUCCUCCAUCGUGUGAAGCAUGACGUUGCCCACAUGAUUGUUGGACAGCAUCCUGAACAGGGCAUGGGGCAGGCAUUUCUCAAUGGUGCCUGUUCCACAGGCUUUGCAGCAGCUGUGGAAUCCUUCCAUCAUGAAGAUGUCCUCCUGUUUGCAGCGCUCAUGGUCCACGAGCUUGGGCACAACUUGGGGAUUCAGCACGACCACUCGGCCUGCACUUGUCAAGAUAAACGCCUCUGCCUCAUGUAUGAAGAUAUCACUAAAGAAAGUGGCUUCAGCAACUGCAGCUCUGACUACUUCUACCGGUUCCUGCAGGAACACAGAGGGGCCUGCCUAUUUAACAACCCUCAGCACAAAGGCCGCUUGCGGAGGGAUUCCACCUGUGGAAAUGGGGUGGUGGAGGGCGAGGAGCAGUGUGACUGUGGGUCUGCCUGUUUCAGUCACCCGUGCUGUGACCAGACAUGCAGACUGAAGGGGAAUGCAGAUUGUAGUGAUGGGCUCUGCUGUUUUGGUUGCCGACUGAGAAAUAAGGGAUUCGUGUGCCGUUCUGCUUUGGGAGAGUGUGACCUCCCAGAGUAUUGUGAUGGUACCUCUGCAGAGUGCCCUGCAGACAGCUAUAAGCAAGAUGGUACAUCGUGUGAUAGACUUCACUACUGUGUUGGGGGUCGGUGUAGGAACCCUGAUAGUCAAUGCUCAGAUCUAUAUGGGUACCCUGCACAGUCUGCCCCCGAGAACUGUUACAUUUCAAUAAACAGCAAAGGGAACAGGUUUGGGAACUGUGGCCGCCCCACCUCAGCAAAGCCGAGAUAUGUUAAGUGUUUUGAUGAUAAUAUAUUUUGCGGGAAAAUUAUAUGUACCAAUAUUAAAUGGGUCCCGUCAAUCAAACUCCAUCACACGGUGAUCCAGAUUCCUCAUGAAAAUGACUUCUGCUGGAGCAUGGAUGCCUAUAACAUUACUGAUAUCCCUGAUGACGGGGAUGUGCACUCUGGCACUCCUUGUGCCCCAAACAAAGUCUGCAUGAAUUACUCCUGCACUGAUUUCGCUGUGCUCAACUAUGACUGCGAUCCAGCGAGAAUGUGUAGUGGGAGAGGGGUCUGUAACAACUUAAGGCACUGCCAUUGUGAGGCUGGCUAUGCCCCCCCUGACUGUAAAAGCAUAGGUAAUGGGGGCAGUGUGGACAGUGGUCCCCCUGGCAAACCAGAUGAUGAAAAUCUAAGUGCAGAUGGAAGUGGCCAUCCUGCCAAACGUAAGAUUGAAGUUCCAAAGGCUGGCCUUAUAAUUUAUGUAUUCCCUUCAUUUCUUUUAUUAACAUUGAUACUAUUACUAUGUUGCAUUAGUCUUAAGUCUGGAAUUGAGUCUGUAGAGACCCCAGGUGCCUCACCAGAACUGAGUUCGGAGGAAUCUAGCGACCUGUUCGAGACAUUCCUAUCAAUGGAGUCACAUAGGGAAUCAAAUGUGGAUAUAGAGCAGGUGUCACUACCAGCAGAGGCCCUUGCAACAGAGGACGGUCUCCCACCAGAACAGGUCCCACCAUCCGAGGCCCCACCACCAGAGACUCCACCACCAGAGGCUCCACCACCAGAGACUCCACCACCAGAGGCUCCACCACCAGAGACUCCACCACCAGAGGCUCCACCACCAGAGACUCCACCACCAGAGGCUCCACCACCAGAGACUCCACCCCCAGAGGCUCCACCACCAGAGGCUCCACCACCAGAGGCUCCACCACCAGAGACUCCACCACCAGAGGCUCCUCCAUCAGAAGCCCCACCACCAGAGGCUCCACCACUGGACAUUCCCCCACCAGAGGACCCCCCACCGGAGGCCCCACCAGAGCCUCCACCAGAUGAAGGAUAGAAAUA